GGCGUGGGGAUGUAAAUGUAUAUAUAUCUCUAUUCCGGGGGCCUGAUUCCAACUCUAAGGCUUAUCCGUCUGGACGUCCGUUCCUCCCUUGUACCUGACAACCAGCCGCUUGAUUCGACCAUGUCUCACACCGGAGCCCAGGGCAGCAUUGGGAGCCACCCAGCCAUGGGGCUGCGUGCCCAUAAAAUUUACCUGUUUGAGUUUGAGAACUUCCAGGGCCGUAUGAUGGAGUGCACCACUGAGUGCCGUAACCUGUGUGAGAAGGGCUUCGAGAAGAUCGGCUCCAUCAGGGUGGAGUGUGGACCCUGGGUGGGCUAUGAGCAGCAGAACCUGAGCGGAGAGAUGUUCAUGCUGGAGAAGGGAGAGUACCCCCGCUGGGAUACCUGGAGCAACAGCUACAGGUGUGACCGCUUCAUGUCCGUCAGGCCCGUUCGCAUGGACACCCAGGACCACAAGAUCUGCCUGUUUGAGUGUAAUAACUUUGAGGGCCGUAAGAUGGAGGUGUGUGAUGAGGAUAUCCCCAGUCUGUGGUCCUACGGCUUCCAGGACCGUGUGGCCAGCAUCCAGGUCACUGGUGGAACUUGGGUUGGCUAUCAGUACCCCGGUUACCGUGGCUACCAGUACGUGUUCGAAUGUGGCAUCUUCAAGCAUUGGAACGAGUGGGGCGCCCACCAUCCCCAGAUCCAGUCCAUCCGUAGAGUGAGGGACAUGCAGACACAUCGCAGAGGCUGCUUUGAGUGGACCGCCUAGAAGGGGCCAGGCAGGCGAUGGGUCGUGGGCCAGCAAGACAGAGGGGAAGGGGCCUGGUUAGCCCUGGAGCUAACCAUCCCAGAGUCUGGAGCUCCAUCUUGGAUCUCCAUACAGCCAACAUAAGCUAACAGCUAAUAACAUAACAUCACUGGCUCCACCUCAAUCACUUACUAGCAGUACAUUCAGGGUGCGUGUACAUUGACGCACAAUCCCUGAAUGAAGACAGUGCCACCUACUGGGAAAAGGUUGUUACUGCAGUUCGCCUGCAGCUGACUUCCACAAUGCCUGAAUAUAACAAUACUGGUGAAAGUGAUAGCUGUACUCUCUGUUCCAAGACCUGAUAGAAUUAUAGCAUGAGAAGAUUUAUGAUAUUUAUGAUGGGGAUUUUAAUGGGGGAAAGGGAAUUAGUUAGCAAAGAUUUUAAUAAGUUAUAUAACUUCAUUAGUUUGUGUUCACUAGUUUGUUUCCAUAUCUGCAAACCCAUUGAUUUUAUACAUCUUACUUACUUGUUUCUUAGCUAUAUACCAAAUGAUGCCAAAUAAGCCUGUUCAUUACAAUGCUCUACCCUCCUGCAAUCUGUGAAUGAUUUUAGAGAGUAGAGAGAUACUACACACUCCACUCAAGCCAGUCUCUAAGCUACCAUGGACAGCCGCCAGCUUUCUGUGCUCUGUCCAUGCCCUGCAAUGAGCUCAAUCAUCCAUGGGGAGGCACUGUUUCCCAAUGUACUCUCCCCCAUGGCCACCUUCUAGUCUAGGGAUUGCACCUCAACCAUAAUUUCCCUAAUGACAUUCUACCUUCAAGGCUUCAAAGCUAUGCCCAUGACCCACUCAGUCUAGGGCAGUGAGGCUAUCUGAAGGAGGAAAUGAGCUAGGGGGUAUGAUUGAGAGACACGUUGCUGUAGGCUACCUGGUAGUGUUUUUCUAGACAUGCCAACCUUUUGGGAGACCCCUCGCCCCUCUUAAUGAUGGGGUUGCAGAGGAAUCUUGUUAUAUACACUAUAUAUUUCUCAGGGAUGCUGCCAUCUGGAAAGAAACUUUCCAAUAAAAAAAAAAGAAAUAAAAUGAAUAAAGUUUCCUAACCUCAGUGCUGGAAAUGCA